AUGGAAUUUCUCAAUCCGCUUCAAAGAUUUUAUGCGUGUGGACCAGUAGUUCAUAAAAAAGCAAAUGCAACAAAGACAGUUUGCCUGGUUGGACCACAAGGAGAACUGACAUUGUUUGAUACAACUGGACUAUCGGAGGAAAUUCCUGGAUCAAAGUGUCAUAGGGGCUAUCAAAAUAAUGGAGGAGUCUGUGUGGCAAUAGAUUCAGCCAAUGAGAAGUUCUAUAAUCCCAAAUAUUUUUUGGAGGAUAUUAAUCAAAUACGGAAGGACUACGCUCAGAAAUAUAGCGUGCCAAAUAUGCAUCAAUUGGUUUGGAGCAAUGAAAUUUUCCAAUUUCUGGACACUCUUGAGUACACAAACAUUUCGCAGCAGUCUGGAAAAAUAUGGAGGCAUGAUUUAUUCUUGGGAUCUGCUUACUUCAACGCGUUGAGUGAUUUCGAAGGAAUGAAUGAUCCUUAUUUCAAGAAAAGCACGAAAACCAUGAUACCUGGAAAAGCCAAGUUGUUCGACAUGGACACAGUCAGCAGAGCGAAAAACGUGGUGGGAUCGCAAUGUGCUGCAAAGUACACCGAUGAAGAUGGAUUAUGUGUUCCAGAAGACUCAUCUAAUAGUAAGCUUUCCUUUUUUGGGAAUCCUACAGAUUUUGUGAAAGAUGUGAAUCUGAUGAGAAAGACAUAUGCCCAUAAAUUCAAUGUGCCGAACAUGCAUCAGUUGGUGUGGAAAGAUUCUCUUGUCUCAAUUGCAAAGUCUUUUGACGAAUCCCGUUCUUCUCCAAAGGCUCGAGUAACUUGGCGUUAUAAAAACAGUUUAUUCCGGGAUCAAAGAAGCGAUUGA